UCCUUGUUUCCUAACCCUUCUAUAUAUACCUCUACAAGCAUUAUUUCCCAACAUUAAUAUCUCCAAACACUCUCAUUUUUAGCAACCGGAGAGAUUUGGAGGAUAAAAAGGAAGAACUUAAACUUUAAACUAAAAACAAACUGAUCAAAGGAAGACGAUGGAGAUGCCGAAGGGUUGGUUUUGGAGUGUUUGCAAGCGAGGAAGGCCAUAUAUUGGGGUUCUUUUUCUACAACUAGGAUACGCUAUUAACAAUCUUAUAGUGAAGUCUGCUUUAAACGAGGGCUUAAAUCCUUACACAUUCUCUGUUUAUCGAAAUAUUGCUGCUGCAGUUGCUUUUGGCCCAUUUGCUCUAUAUUUUGAAAGGAAAAUACGUUCUCAGAUGACAUUUUCUGUAUUUUGGAAGAUAUCCUUGUUGGCGCUAAUCGAGCCAGUUUUGGACCAAAUACUAUACUACACCGGGAUGAAGUACACAACAGCAACAUUUGCAAUCGCAAUGUGCAACGUUCUCCCUGCUUUGACUUUUGUAAUGGCGUGGAUCUUUAGGCUUGAGAAGGUCAACGUGAAGAAAUUGCAUAGUCAAGGGAAGAUCCUUGGAACCCUGAUUACAGUAGGUGGAGCCAUGGUCAUGACACUUGUUAAUGGACCACCGGUUCCAUUGCCAUGGACCAAAGGAACCGGGGUGCACCAGGUUGUAGCUUCCACUGCCUUGGUCUCGCAAGAUCAACACAUCAAGGGUGCCAUCAUGAUCACGGCUGGUUGUUUUUGUUGGGCUAGUUUUUAUAUUCUUCAGGCUAUGACUCUUAAGGAAUACCCGGCUCAAUUAUCCCUUACGACACUUAUAUGUAUGAUGGGUGCUCUACAAGGAACUGUUGUAACUUUGCUUAUCGAGAAUGGUAAAUCUGGCAUUUGGUCCAUGCACAAGAGAACAGAAAUUAUUGCUACUCUUUAUAGUGGAAUAAUCCGAUCUGGGGCUAGCUACUAUGUUUCGGGGUUAGUGAUGAAGGAAAAAGGACCCUUUUUUGUGACGGCUUUCAACCCUUUAGGGAUGGUGAUUGUUGCAAUUGUGAGCUCAUUUGCUUUAGCUGAGCGGUUGUUGCUCGGAAGGGUUGUGGGAGCCUUCAUCAUUGUUCUAGGUUUGUACUUGAUCAUAUGGGGUAAGAGUAAGGACUCGAGUUUGUCAAGUUCAAAAAACAACGACGUAGAGAUGUUUGAUAAAGAGACAUCUAACGACAAAAAUCAAGAUAGUACAAUUGUUUCAAAAGAAGGCCACAAAGGAGAAGCUAAUGUUUAAUUCAUCAUCCAAAAGAUAAAGAAAUUUAUUUAGAAUCUUGAGGGUUUUUCCUAAUUCAAACAUUGGUGGAGAUUGAUGGCUAUCUCCCACAUGCACAACGCAUGUUUAGCUUUUCUUAAACACAUUGCAGGGGAGAUGCAAUUGUUGGAUAUGCCGCAUGACACAAGAAUAUUAGGGUUAUAGACCAUCAACUACUUUGUUGUUUGUUUUGACAUUAUAACUACUUAUGGGAUAGAUUUAAUCAAAAUAAUUUUUAUUAUAAAUGUGGAACUUAAGUGAAGUCUACUUAUUAUGUAAUUAUGUAUACUUUUCAUUAUAAUCAUGUAAAUUAUGUUAUUUCAAUGAAUUUAGACCAAAAUAAUAAAUUUGAUUCUAGAA